GAGAGCACAUGGGCGAGAUAACAGCUACAACAGAGGAAGUGGUUAAACUGGCCUCUUGUCAGAAGAACUGAGGAGGGAGCACCUCUGCCUCUAUUCAGCGGUGGCUCUGAGAGGCUGUUUGUCAGUCCGUCAUUUCAGCACUGGAGCUGCAGCGAACCAGUCACACUGCUACUGUCAAGCUACCCACACAGACACCGAACCAGAGGAAGGGACGAAUACCUUUCAUCUGACCUCGUCUGGAGUGGAGAGAGAGAAGACUGAGAAAGAGGAGCGCUAAAGGAAGGCUAGAGAGAAAGAGAGGAGGAAAGCAGAGCCAGGGAGGAACAACGGGGCGAGCGCCGGAGAGUGAGCUCUCACCUGGAGAAGAGGAUUAAGGGUUAACGUCGUUCUGAGGAGGGGGGGGGGUAGUGUGGACACCCGUCUCACCUAGGAGAGGACCUGAGCCGUCAGCGGUCAGAUUCAGAAGGUGAUCCUAUGGUGAAUGAUAAUGGAUGCACAGACAGCCUGUUCGUCAUCAACCUCCUGACUACGAGAGACAGCCACACAAUCAACAUGAACAUCAACAAGGACCUCCGGUUCCAAAACUCCACCUUGGAUGGCAAUACAUCAGACAUACAGCCUGUGCCACACAACCUAUGGGAGGUCAUCACCAUAGCCAGCGUAUCAGCCAUUGUCAGCCUGAUAACUGUCAUUGGCAACGUUCUGGUGAUGCUGUCCUUCAAGGUUAACAGCCAACUAAAGACGGUCAACAACUACUACCUUCUCAGCUUAGCCUUCGCUGAUCUUAUAAUAGGAGUCCUGUCCAUGAAUUUAUACACCUCAUACAUCCUAAUGGGCUAUUGGUCCUUAGGGAACCUAGCCUGUGACUUGUGGUUAGCGCUGGAUUACGUAGCCAGCAAUGCCUCCGUUAUGAACCUGCUAGUAAUAAGUUUUGACAGGUAUUUUUCCAUCACGAGGCCACUGACAUAUAGGGCCAAGAGGACCCCAAAGCGAGCAGGGGUUAUGAUUGGUUUAGCAUGGCUGGUGUCGUUCGUACUCUGGGCACCGCCUAUUCUUUGCUGGCAGUACUUGGUUGGAGAGAGAACGGUCCCGGCGGACCAGUGUCAAAUCCAGUUCUUCUCUGAGCCGGUGAUCACAUUCGGAACGGCCAUCGCUGCAUUUUACCUCCCGGUGUCUGUCAUGACCAUCCUGUACUGUAGGAUCUACAAGGAGACGGAGAAACGCACCAAGGACCUGGCCGAACUGCAGGGCCUCGCUGCAUCUGACCACCCACAGGCGGCUACUAAACCCCAGAAAACGGUGCUGUUACGCUCCUGUUUCAGCUCCAGCAAUGACAGGAGGAACCAGGCCUCGUGGUCCUCCUCGAAUCAGAGUAACGCCACGAAGACCACAACCCGGUCAAGUGAGCUGGCCUGGGCCAGGGCAGACAUGGUCACCUCCUUUAACAGUUACACAUCAUCCGAAGAGGAGGAGAUUCAGCAUCCUGUGUCCACGGCAACCUUCCAGGGGUCGUACAAAGGUCAAGGGGUUCAAGAUGAAACUGAAAACGGGCAGACGGCUGCCCACUACGGUGAUACUGAAGAAGGCGAGUAUUUCCCGACCGCCACUCCACCUUCAAAGAAGAAGAGCAAAAAGAGAAUCUCCUACAAGUUCAAACCGUUCUCAAAAGAUACCAGCAGCCAUCCUCAGAAUGACAAACCCCCUGACAUUACUCCUAAAACAGCUCCAACAUGUCCCUUGGAAUCAGACCAGAGCGGAGGUCAGCAUCACAGCUCUCCAUCAUCCUCCACCACCACCACCGCCUCCAAGCCUAUGGACUCCGUCCUGAAGAGCCAGAUCACCAAAAGGAAGAGGAUGGUCCUCAUCAAGGAGACAAAGGCUGCCCAGACUCUCAGCGCUAUCCUGCUGACCUUCAUCGUAACAUGGACACCAUACAACAUCAUGGUUCUCAUCUCCACCUUCUGCUCCGACUGCAUCCCCCUCUCACUGUGGCACCUGGGCUACUGGCUCUGCUACGUCAACAGCACCAUCAACCCCAUGUGCUACGCCCUCUGUAACAAAACCUUUCAGAAGACCUUCAAGAUGCUGCUGUUGUGUCAGUGGAGGAGGAAAAGGGGCGAGGACCAGCUGUAUUGGUGUGGACAGAACACAGCAGUCAACAGCAAGAUGACAUGAGAAAGGAGGAAAUUACAACAGUAAUUGGCUUUUAGCCAAAUGUUGGACACAAUUGUUGAUGUCUUAUGAUUGUCUUAUAAUGGCUGUUGUUUCCUGGACAUCACCUGGAUUUUCCCCUCCGAUUCCAGCUCUAUAAACUAAAAUGCAAUGGCCAUAAUUUGUCCUUUAGGUGUCUUUUAUCCAAAUGAGCCUGAAGUAGACCAGUAUGGACAACAUCGUGAGGGGAGCGCAGGAUAUAAAAUACUUAAAACUAUUAUCACGUUCUUGCUAGUACCAAGCUCAAAUAAACUGACAUCUAUUAACUGUAAACUGACCAGUGUCUCUUGAAUGAACUGUUGCAUGUGGAAUGGAGGCUUUUGAACCUCAUGAUGUAAUCUCUACUCUGUCUGUGGAACCUCAUUAUGGAUUUGAUACUCUAUGACUUUGGAACCUCAUUAUGGAUCCUCUACUCUGACUUUGGAACCUGAUUAUGAAUCCUUCCCUCUGUGACUUUGGAACCUCAUUAUGGAACCUCAUCAUUGAUCCUUUACUCUAUGACUUUGGAACCUCAUUAUGGAUCUUCCACCCUGUGACUUUGAAACCUCAUCAUGGAUACUCUACUCUGUGACUC